AGCGGCCACUCUGAAUAUUCUGAUAAAAGUUUCGUAUUGAAUUUCACUCAGUCAAAUCAAGUUUUAAUAUCAAAACAAUUCAUAAAAUGGCUUGUCUAAAUCAGUUUUAUACUAAACACAUGAUUAUUUAUUUUUUGAUUGGUUGUUUAUUCCAAGUCAGCAGUGGUCGCGCGGCACCUGAGCAGCAGACAGUUACGGUGGAUAUUCCUGACGUGGAAGGUAUUAUUGGCAAUCUGACCAACAGGGCAAAGUCUAUGGCAAACCGCUUUAUCUCGGCGUACACGGAUUCGACGGACAUGGCGACCGAGUCCGGUAAGAACGUGAUGGCCUUCUUCCAGAAAAUGAACGAGUCGGCCCAAAACUUUGGCACCAACACCGCAAACAGAAUGGGGGAAAUGGUGAAGAACGGAAAUCGCAGUUGGUCGGGGCUACUGACUAGCCUUUUUAGCAGUAAUUAGCUACACCAAUACGACUGGUUGUAAAACCGUGGGCCGUGUAUUUUAGUAAAAAAUCAUAACAAUAAUAAUUAAAAAAAAAAAAAAGUGAUAAUAACGAUGAGCACUUGUUUUUAAGUUCUCACGCCAUACCAUGUAAUAUUUUAGUGCUGCCGGUUCAUUUGUUUAAAACAUGAAUUAAAUAUUUGUAUUGUAUAUUAUAAUAAUACCAUAAUAAUAAUGAUGAUAAUAUACUCGCACUAA